AUGCGGAUGUCGAUUCGAAGCAACGUCUGCAUUCCUUUGGCAGCGCUCUCAUGCCAUAGAAGGUCCACCUUCAAUGACAGUGGCCAUGGCGGUGUUCGCCGAACUACUUUACGCACCACCUCGUUUGCAGGCUUCUCGGCGAGCAAGUCUGUACUAUCGCCUAAUGCGUUCGCGGCCUCCCCCGUCCGGAGUAAGCACCCCUCCUAUCUGUACCAUUUCUUUAUGGGGCACUCCACACGCUUUGCUGCGAUGGCGCCUCCGCUCACACGCGCCGGUAUCACGCAACUCGAGCGUGAGCCCCUGACGCACAGCACGCCAGGCCGCAUUAACGACCACAUUUGCAUCGGCAUGGUCAAGACGCUGCGCUGGCUGGCCGAUCGCGUCUUUCGAGAGCGGUACAUCCACCGAGCAACCAUGCUGGUCACUGUGGCGGCUGCAGCUCCAGCGGCGGGCUCGGUGGCGGCGUAUUUACGUAUGCACUUCAAGCGGCGCCACAGCAGCAACACCGGCAGCGAUGGCGCACACACAUGCGACGCAGCAGAAGGAAGUUCACCGUUUCUGGCCUUUGGCAGUUCUCCGAACACCGGUGGUGCGCCUUCUAUUCCUGGUGCUUCCCGCUCCUUCGCUACCGCACGCCCGUCACUCUGCAGGUCUACAGCGAGCGCCGCCACGGAAGGAGCGAGGUCGACCCUCGAGCACUCCUAUGGAAAAGAGCUCCGCGGUCUGUUCGCGCAGUGUGAGAGCCACUCCGUUCAUUAUCAGGUGCUGAGCUGCAUGACCGAAAUCACGCUUGCUGAGCGCGGCCUUGUACUCCUGCUGCAGGCGAUACACUUUACCAUCUACCUGGCGUUGUUUCUGUUUUACCCGCGCAUGGGUUUCCGACUCAUGGCUUACACAGCGGAGGAGUCCUCGGUGGUGUGGACACAGAUGGUAAACGAUGUCGACCUUGGCAAAAUUGCUGAAAUGUGUGUGCCGCAACUGGCAUUGCAGUACUGGGGGCUGGAGGGAGCUUUUAGAACACAGGUGGCCCCGGUACCAAUGGCGGUGACCUCCCAGGAGCAGGAGCAGGUUCUCUACAAGACCAGCGAUGAAGGUGUGGAGGAACAGGUCUCUUUCGCCGAUACAGCGAAAUCGGGUAUCUCACCGCACGGUGUCGAUGCCAGCAAUCGGACUGCAACGUCCCCAUCUCCAGCUGUUGAUCAUGUGUCCGUGCCCUUUACGGUCGCUUGUUCUCGCAGCGAAAGUGAUGUCGAUACAAAGGAAAGCGAAGGGCACAUCAUAAUUGCCUCCGAGCUUGGUGCGGGCUCCGCGGCGUCCGUCUUGACGCUGCGCGACGUUGCGCUGCUUAUCCGCUCUGACGAGAUGGUCUUCCGAGAUCUAAACCACGAAUUAGCGAAUAAACUGGACACGCAGCGGAGCUGGCUGCAGCGCCUUGUGGACUUCUACGGCAGCGAGAAGUAG